AUGCCCCGUCGAAUUUCGAUACCUUUCACAUCUUCGAACAGCAUGCCAGAGACAGAAAAGACUGGCGAUAGGAGACCGUCUACCUCAAAGGCCAACCGCCUGAGCCAGUUCUUCUCUGUGAUGCCCCGGCAAAAAGAGCAGCCUACUGCUCAGCAGGCUCUCAUGGCCAUGCAGAACAACUCAACGCGGUCCAUCACCGCCCCGAGCCUCUCGCUUCCUAGCAUCUCCCUCUCAACCGCUACUGCCGGUGAACCUAACAAUGAAGAGCAACCUACCACCCUGUUCCAGCCGCCUUCGUCCGAGGAGAUCACGCUGAAGAGACGUGCUGAUGCUCAAUUUGGUCCUCUCAACCAUGCCACUCAUCGAUAUGUCAGCAAGCAUCACGGAGAGCCCUUGAAAGCUCCCGUCAUUGACGAGCCGCCCUACUACUUUGUUCUCACCACCUACAUCAGCUACCUGCUUUUGAUUGCCCUGGGCCACGUCCGCGACUUCUUUGGCAAGAGGUUCAGCAAGAACCCCAUGUACAAGAGCGUCAAGCCCAUUAACGGAUAUGCCCCCCUGACGGACGAUUUCGACAGCUUCUACGUUCGGAGACUGAAGCUGCGUAUUGACGACUGCUUCGCUCGCCCUACCACUGGCGUUCCUGGUCGCUACAUUACCCUCAUGGAUCGCGUCUCUUCCGACUACAACCGAUCCUACAAGUUCACCGGCAGUCACACUGAGACCCUCAACAUGAGCUCAUACAACUACCUCGGAUUCGCUCAGUCCGAGGGCCCCUGUGCUGAUGCCGUCGAGGAGUGUGUUCGCAAAUACGGACUGAGCUUCUGCAGCCCUCGCGGAGACGUUGGAACGUCAGAUCUGGCAGUCGAGGUCGAAAAGGAGGUUGCCAAGUUUGUUGGCAAGCCCGCCGCCAUGGUCUUCUCUAUGGGUUUCGUCACCAAUGCUAGCUCUUUCCCCGCCCUGGUUUCCAAGGGUUGUCUGAUCAUCUCUGAUGAGCUCAACCAUGCCUCCAUCCGUGUGGGUGCACGUCUGUCUGGUGCUGUCGUUCGCUCUUUCAAGCACAACGACAUGUUUGAGCUGGAGAAGAAGCUCCGUGAGGCCAUUGCACAAGGCCAGCCGCGUACCCACCGUCCAUGGAAGAAGAUUCUGGUAGCUGUCGAGGGUCUGUACUCAAUGGAGGGUACCAUGUGCGAUCUGCCUGGAAUUCUGAAGCUCAAGGAAACCUACAAAUUUUACCUCUUUGUUGACGAGGCCCACAGCAUCGGUGCACUUGGUCCCAACGGACGUGGUGUCUGCGAUUACUUCGGCAUUGACCCUGCCAAGGUUGAUAUUCUCAUGGGAACCCUCACCAAGUCUUUCGGUGCCAACGGUGGUUACGUGGCUGCUGAACCCUCCAUCAUUGCCAAGCUCCGCGGCGUCAAUGCUGCCACUCAGUUGGGAGAAGCUCCCGCUCCGUCUGUACUGAUGCAGAUUCUCGCCUCGCUCAAGCUGAUUACUGGCGAACUCAUUCCCGGCCAGGGCGAGGAGCGCCUGCAGAGAAUCGCUUUCAACUCUCGGUACCUCAGACUCGGUCUCAAGCGUCUCGGUCUCAUUGUUUACGGCCACGACGAUUCGCCCAUUAUCCCCGUUCCACUCUACAACCCUGGCAAGAUGUCUGCUUUCAGUCACGAGAUGUUGAAGCGCAAGAUCUCUGUUGUCAUUGUUGGUUACCCUGCGACUCCCUUGAUCAGCUCCCGUGUACGUUUCUGUGUGUCGGCUGCACACAACAAGGAUGACAUGGACCGCCUCUUGGCAGCUUGCGACGAAGUUGGAGAUAUCCUUCAGCUCAAGUUCUCCACUGGAAUUGCUGGCGGGCAAAAGCUCCCCCCUGGCAUCACCGCUGAGAACGAGGCUGAAUGGAGAAAGGAGAAUGGCCUGGAAGAAUCAUACGACGCACCACGAUGGCAACUAGAUGAUGUCAUUGCAGCUGGUGUUGCCGACACCAAGAUGAAACUGGUAUAG